AUGCUUCGACCUAGACCCAAGAAGAGCAUCCGGAAGCCGCAGGAUGUAAUCACUGGUGACUCACUGGUGAUCAACUACAGACACACUGAGGGCAGAGAUGUGAGAGGUUUCGCUUGGAGGUACUUUCGCGUGGUCAUACGUGUGCGCCCCCCGCUGGAUCGAGAGCUUUCAUCGCCGGUUUGGCAGCACGUGGUGUCAGUUACCGGGACUUCCCAGAUAUGUCUCUACGAGACAAUAGCGGAGAUGAACGCUGGUGACAGGGCAAGCGGGACUAGUCAGGUAGUGAACACCCAUACAUUCACCUUCGAUCAUGUGUACGACCAAAUUGCUUCCCAGCCAGAUGUAUACACGAGCACGGCGCGAUCCUCCGUCAUGUCGGCCUUGGAUGGAUACAAUGCCACGGUCUUGGCUUAUGGUCCAACCGGCACCGGCAAGACUUACACGAUGGAGGGAUGUCAGGGACAGGAUGGGCAUGGCAUCAUCCCGCGGUCCAUGGAGGACAUCUUCCAGCACAUCCAAGAGGCUCAGAACGGCCAUGCAUCUUUCCAGGUCCGAGCAUCUUAUCUUCAGAUCUAUAACGAAGUCAUCUCCGACCUCCUGAAGCCCGACAGGUCGCAUUUGAUGAUUCGCGAAGACCGGAGGAAGGGCGUUUUCGUUGAAGGUCUCUCCGAGUGGCUCUGCCGGAGCCCUGAUGAGGUGCAGACUCUGAUGGAGCAUGGCUCGUCGGCAAGGGCAACAGCUCAAACUGGUGCCAAUGACACCUCAAGCCGAUCUCAUGCCGUCUUCAUUAUUGUGGUUGAGCAUGAGACCCUGGAGGGCAAACGCACCGGACGGCUGAACUUGGUCGACUUAGCCGGCUCGGAAAGGCCACGCCUUACAGGCGCCACAGGCCAGCGCUUAGAGGAGACGAAGAAGAUCAAUCAAAGCCUGUCAGCUCUGGGCAACGUGAUUUCAGCGCUGACGGAACAGCGUGGCCCUGUUUGCCGACCCCACGUUCCAUACCGGGAUUCGAAACUGACAAGAUUACUGGAGGAUUCUCUCGGUGGAAACUGCCGCACCACAAUGAUGGCCAUGGUUUCGCCAGCUGCGGAAGCCUUCGCGGAAUCUUUGUCCACCCUGAAAUUUGCCCAGCGCGCGAAGGGUGUCGUCACCACUCCGCAGGUGAACGAAGAUCUGGAUCCCAGGACCUUGACCAGGAGGUACGAGGCAGAGAUUCGCCGUUUGCGAAGCGAACUUGCUGAGCGUAGCCAGGAGGUCAAGAGGAGCAUUGGAUCGGACCUCCCUGAGUCUUUCGAUCGGCAUGGCCUGCCUUUAGAGUCAACGGCACCAUUGCGCACGGACCUGGCUGGAAGCCGAGCUUCCAGCGUGUCAGCUGCGAGAGAAGUCGCGGCUGUGGAGGAUGACAAGGCGCAGGUGGGUCGAUACAAGCAGCUUCUCUUGAAGCAGCGGGACAUCAUGAUUGCUUUGACGCAGCGCCUGCACGAACGUGAUGAGACCAUCAUCGGGCUGCAGGCAGAGUUGGACGCACGCGACCGGCACCUGAACGAGCUGAUGCAGCGUGGAGAGCGACAGGCUCUUCGCCUGGCUGCGGCAGAGAAGGCGCUCCAAGCUUCUUCCAAGGCCAACCUGGCCAUCUCUGGUGGCACGGUCGCCAGAUCUGCUGGCAGUGCUUCUGCCACUUCAGGACCGGGGCUGUUUCCCCGACAGCCACCGCCGGUCGCUGUCCAGACAGCCUUACCGGAGGCUCCUCCAUCCCCGAAGGCAUCGUCUCCUCGAGCUGCCGAUUUGGAGUAUCUACCCAGAUACUUGCCAGAAAGUCGGAUCGACUCUCCAACUUCCGACAGGAGCCGCAGAGCUCGUGAACCGAGCACCGUGGUUCCAGCGCCUGGCCUUCUGAGCGCAGACGACAAGGUGCUCGAGCUGACUUCACUUCUAGAAGCGCAACGGCAAGAGAAUCACAGGAUGAAGCUGGAGCUGGAAACUAUGCAAGACUCGAUGCUUCCAUUACGCAGCGCUUCCGUGGCCAGCACAAUGGCUAACAGCUUCAGUCCGGAGGAUUUGGCUGUCCAGCGCACGGAUUUGCUCGGACGAUUCCGUGACCGGCAGCCAUGGACAAAGCCUAACAAUGUGAGCGAAGAUGUUCGGCGGCAUGGAUGGACACAGCCACCAAUGAAGAGCGAAAGCUUCAGGGCAAUGAGACCGAGUGGCGCCAACACAAGAUCCGCAGUCUGA